AUGGCGGAGCUGCAGCUGGACCCGGCGAUGGCGGGGCUGGGAGGGGGUGGCGGGAGCGGGCUGAGCGACGGGGGCGGCCCGGGCCGCGGGCCCCCCAGCCCUCGCCCUGCUGGCCCCACGCCCCGCGGGCACGGCCGCCCGCCCGCCGCUACUGCGCCGCCGCUGGAGCCGGGUCCCGGACCGCCAGAGCGGGCAGGGGGCGGCGGUGCGGCCCGCUGGGUCCGGCUGAACGUGGGCGGCACCUACUUCGUGACCACCAGACAGACCCUAGGCCGGGAGCCCAAGUCUUUCCUGUGUCGCCUCUGCUGCCAGGAGGACCCGGAGCUGGACUCGGACAAGGACGAGACAGGGGCCUAUCUGAUUGACAGAGACCCCACCUACUUCGGUCCUAUCCUAAACUACCUCCGCCAUGGGAAACUCAUCAUUACAAAGGAGUUGGCAGAAGAAGGUGUUCUGGAAGAAGCGGAGUUUUACAACAUUGCAUCUCUUGUGCGGCUGGUAAAGGAACGGAUACGGGACAAUGAGAACAGAACUUCUCAGGGCCCUGUGAAGCACGUGUACAGAGUCCUACAGUGCCAGGAGGAGGAGCUUACACAGAUGGUCUCCACUAUGUCUGAUGGUUGGAAAUUCGAACAGCUAAUCAGCAUUGGAUCUUCCUAUAACUAUGGAAAUGAGGAUCAGGCAGAAUUCCUCUGUGUUGUCUCCAGAGAACUAAAUAAUUCUACCAAUGGCAUUGUCAUAGAGCCCAGUGAAAAGGCAAAGAUUCUUCAGGAGAGAGGAUCUCGGAUGUAAAUUCCAGAUCCUUAACCAACAGGAGAGCAACCCAGCAGAGCACCUCAUGAAGUUAAAUCUUGCUCCUGUACAGUAACCGAGCUACUGCAAAGCAAAGCUGAGCCUGGCCCCCCAGUGGAGAAGUGUUCUGGUCAAAACCAAAGGAACCCCUGCCCCCACCCACAGGAACCUGAAGACAGAUACGGCUCCCGGCUGCAGAAUACCUUUUCAG